AUGGCUCCUCUGCCAUUACUAUUCUCCUCCUACUCCUCCCUCUCCUCCCUUGGAGGAAGCCCGUCUCCCCCUCCCCCUUUCGCGAAGGCUGUUUCUGCUCCCUCUCCCAAGGUUGUUCUCCCCUCUCUAUCCCGACGGGUAAUUUGGAUAAAGUGUCAUCCACAUUUUUCUACGAUCAAUCUGAAAGAUGACUUGGUAGAGGUGUUCAACAUCCCUGCGCGGAUGGCCUACAUGCGACUUCUUGUCGGCCAUCUUGCUGAGUCCACGCAUAACAUGGCGCAGAAAGUCACCCAUUCGGUGCUCUUCAUUGAUUUAACCGCUAUGCUGCAACCUGCUCCCCGCUGUGCUGGCACAUUCAACGCUGGUCUCAGAUGA